AUGCUUCCCUUGGAAGGUCGCAGUUUAUCGAUCUUCAUUGUCACGACUGUCUUCUUGGGCUUCUCCUUCAUUGCAGUUUGCCUGAGAUGUUUUGUCCGGCUGAGGAUCGUCAAGGCCUUUGGUUGGGAUGAUGCGCUGAUGGUCUUUGCUAUGCUCUUGAACAUUCUCUUUGCACUCUGUGGCAUCACAGGUGCUCUUUACGGAAUCGGUCAACGAUCCGAUGACCUUGGCCCUCCCCCGAAAGGACGAGGCACAAUGGAGACCGCUAUGUUUUGGUGGUGGCUUGGUCAAACAAGUUAUGUUUGGGUAUGCGCUGUCUGCAAGUGUUCAAUCGCCGUCGCCCUUCUCCGUCUUACUGUUUCCCGUCUGCACCGUUCGAUUCUUUGGGGUGUUAUUGCUGUGACCACAAUCAUUGGCCUCAUCUUCUGGUUCAUGUUGACUUUGCAAUGUCACCCCGUUUCCUUUUUCUGGGAACGAGCCCGAGGCACUACCAACGGCACUUGUAUGGACCUUGACAGCGUUAUCGCCAUUGCCUACGUUUACAGCGUAACUGCCACAUGCUGUGACUUUACUCUCGGCAUAUUGCCAGUCUUCCUGGUGUGGAACUUGCAAAUGAAUGUACGCACAAAGGCCGCGCUGGCUAGUAUCUUGGGCAUGGGUUGUGUCGCAAGUGCUGCUGUCAUCAUUCGAAUUCCCUAUCUGCACGACUACAAGGACCCGGACUUCUUAUACGCGACGUCCAACAUUUCCAUCUGGUCCAACGUCGAAGCCAGCCUAGGCAUCGCAGCCGGCAGCCUCGUCACCCUUCGCCCCCUAUUCCGCUGGUUUCGCGACCCCAGCUCCGCAGGAACUCGGAGCAAGCGUACCGGUAACAGCCUCCCACUCUCAAGCGUGAACGCUGUGCGGUCGGAUCCCUCCGGACCCCAUUAUUGGCGCCCGGACCUAGACCCAGAGGAUUCACAUGCUGUGAUCACCACGAUCCACACUUCGAAUCAGGGUAGCAGCCGGACUAGUAGUCAGGAAGAUCUCAAUCCCAAACCAAACAAUGGGACGUUUUUUAGCGGCGUGAAUGUGCAAAAGACGUUCUUUGUUUCGGAGGAUGAUACUUCAUAG